AUGUUAUUUCAUCUAUUCUUACUUCAAUUAUUACUGAUUUUAUCAGAAGCAUAUCCCAGACGGUUGACUUUUGAGUUACCUGACAAUGAGGCAAUAUGCUUUUAUGAAGAUCUCCCAGCUUCGAAGCAAUACGUGUUCAGCUAUCAUGUAAUUCAUGGUGGUCAAAACGAUGUAGAUAUUAAAAUCAAAGACCCUAGACAGCAGGUUGUUUCCAAUGUUGAGCGUGGCACUGAAGAUGAUAUCACGUUCAAAACAGCCUCUACGAACGGAACUUAUUCGUUUUGUUUCAGUAACGAAUUCUCUUCUAUUUCACAUAAACUCAUCUAUUUUGAAAUACGUCCAGAGGAUUAUGAAACGUUGGCUGAAGAAGCGGGACUACCUGUUUAUCCAACCGUAAUGAGUUUAUUGGAAAGUGUUGUUGAAGUGUUGCAUCAUUUUCUUUCACGUGCUGAAAGCUUAGAAAUCGAACUGAAGAACCGUGAUUAUGGUGAUUUCUUGGUUGCAGAAGACUUAAACGCAGCUGUGUUUGUUUGGAGUGUGAUUAUCACUGUCGUUGUGGUGGUGACAACACUUGGCCAGGUGACAAUAUUGAAAAAUUUCUUCAGUGAAAAGAAAGUAGCAUAUUCAUCACCGAUGACAGCAAAUUACCGGGGCGUGAGGACAUGAUCUGCUUGUAGGAUGAGGGUUUUUCUUGUAUUUACCUUCUUUUUAUGCUCUUUUAAAAGUCCUUAAAGUAUAAUGAACAUGAAAGAGAUGUUUUCCUUCCUCUGGAAAUGCAUCUCUUGUUUGUGAUUGCUAUUCUGUUUAUAUUUAUCUGUACCUUUUAACCAAUAUAUCUAGUAGUUACCAGUCUAUGUGAAUGAGCUCAUUGUGUCCUGUACAGUUUUUUCCAAUUUUACUGAAAUUUUUUUCAUGCCUCUGUUAUUUUGUUUAUGUCAGUUGCUUGUUUUCUGGUUUGAAAAUUUUUUGAUUUAAUUAGUAUUAUAAGUGUAAAAACAACUUUUCCGAUGGAUGUGUGGUGAUGUUUUUUGUUUUUGUUUUGAUAAAAUAAAAAGAAUACUUAAGCGUUGUUGUGAAUUAUAGCUAGCUAGUUUACAUGUUAAGUAGUCGAAUUUUAAAGUCUAAGAUAAUCUAUGAAAGGAUUCAAAAUAUUCAUGUGAUUGUGUUCUCUUAGUUGGGUAGUUAAUUUGCGAAGCUUUCAUAACCUUUCUUGAUAUCUUCAGUGCAGGUUUCAAAAUAAAAUGAAUUCAUUUGAACUCUGUAUGAAUGAUGUCAUUGUUUCUCUUGGCGACUUUCGUUUUGUUUGGUUGUUAAUUUGUAUUAUUGUUAGCUGUUUUUCAAAGCCUUGGAAUUUGACUUUCUUGUUAUGUGACUUAUUUUUUAUCAGUUCAUAUCUGUUGAAUCAGAGGACCCAACUGCACCAGUAUCGUCCACCUAAGCUACUGGUUUUAUCAAUCACUUCUAAAUGAUCCGAAAUAUUUUAGAUUGGUUUGUUUUUUAUACACUCUGCAGACAAAUCAACGUAGAACUCUGGGUAGAACUGCUCCGGUUGAAUUUGUCACACUUUAGGAAAGCAUGCUAUGAGCAAGCAGACUAAAAUCAAUAACUAACACAAAGUAGGAGAAUUCAAUGAAAAUUAGUGAAAAUGUUGCGCAG